GCUCCUGGUGGCGGCUUCGUAUUUGCUACACACCAACCUGCAGGAUGUAUCACUACGGCACAACAAAGUGGUGCCGCCCCCUCGAUUUUUGUCUCCACUCCAGUUCCAGCAUCCAUGCCCGGUGCAACCACCUUCGUAUUUCCUGGUGGACCCGCAGCUUCGGUCAUUCCUCCGCCUGGGCUUCGCCUUCAGCCGCCAACUACGCUGCCCAAUGGUCAGCCUUCUGCUUGUCAGAGUCUAGUGUCGAUGUCAGAUCAUUCCCAACAAAUGCAGACGACAACGACUACAACUGCUGCCACUCAUACGGCCGGCUGCCUCAUUCAGUU